AUGGCAGACGACAUUGUUGACUACUAUGAGUUGCUGGAGAUCGACCCAACCGCGACGUUCCAGGAAGUCCGAGAGGCAUAUAAAAAAGCUGCACUUAAAUACCACCCGGACCGCGUGCCCGUCGAUUCCCCCGAACGCGCUGAGCGAACCAAGAAGUUCCAACAAGUAAAUGACGCCUACUACACCCUGUCUGACAAGAACAGGCGCAGCGCAUACACCACCGCGCACAACACCAAAUACUUCAAAGGAGCAUACGCCACACCACCACAGUCAGAUGAAUACUCCGCAGAGCAAUUUGGCUCUGUGUUCGAAGAGAUGCUCCGGGAACACGGUAUGAUGGGCGGUGGCCGUCGUCGUGGGGGUGCGCGCCCGGAUACAGGUGCAGGCACACAGGCUCAAGACGAGAACUUUGGCCUAAGUGGUGCAGGUGGGGGGUGGUUCUGGUCUAUCAUCGGCGCUAUCGGCGGUGCGAUGCUGGGAUUCAUCAUCGCUAACUUUACGGGUCUGGUUGCGGGGACGGUUGCGGGUAACAGGCUGGGUGCUAUUAGAGAUAGACAGGGCAAGAGUGUCUAUGCUGUGUAUCAGGACAUGCCUCAGUCGGACCGAGCCAGGCUAUUGAGUCAGCUGGCCGCUAGGGUGCUGCAGUCUGCUGUGUCCUAG